CUGGUGUCUGCCUAACACAGGCUACUAAAAAAAACCCUGCAUAUGUGUGCCUGCCUGUUGGAUCCUACUUUUUGUUUUUGAUUGUAACCUUUAUCGUUUGAUUGUCAUUAAGAAUGGCUGAAGCAGCUCCACGAAGAGUGGCAGGAGAGCAGGAUGAUGAAAGUUCCCAAAAUAUGGACGAGAUAUUAGCCGAACUCAAGAGGCGGCUUGAGGUGCACCAAAUAGAGGCUAUGGCUCACAAACAAGUGUUCAACCAUCUACAAGAGGAAGUUCAUGCUAUUCUAAAUGGUGAAGUACAGAUCGAGUGGUCGCUCGUUGAGGAGAGGAAGGCCGAUUUCCUAAACCAGCUUUCAGCCCUUGACGUACUAAGGAAUGCUACAUUUGAUAGUAUCAGGCUGAUCGGAGAGCAACUAUGCGUACUUCGUGAGGGAAGUGCUCGUGCGAUACAUUCUACAGAAGAGUCUGACUCAGGCAUGGAAUCCAUGGACUCGGACAGCUCACACUCAGAUUCUGAAGACGCAGACGAGGCCGCCGAGCGACCGAGACCAAUUUAACAAGCAGUAAGUUCGCCGAAACCGAAGGACACAGAGCCAAGAUUUAGCGUCAGAGGUCAGAUCAUCUGGCCCACCGUCCUG